AUGGAAAUGUAUAAUUUGAAAGGUGAUUCAAUCAAAAGAAAACAUAUGAAUCAUUCUAAUAUUGAUAAUCAUUUACUAUCUAGUGAUUAUACUACUCAUAUCGUUACUGGUAGUAGUAGUACUAGUAGUAAUAGUAAUAGUAGUGGUAGUAGUGGUAGCAACAACAAUAAAAUUCAAAUAAAAACAAAUGAUAAUUCAUCUAUACAACACGAUAUCAUAUUACCAUUACAAAAUGAAAUGAUCAAUAAUGAGAGUAAAUUAAUGAAUCCUAAUUAUAAAUAUCAUCAUAAUAUUUAUUUAAGUAAACAUAUAAAUGAUUCAUGUGAUGAUGUGAAAAAAUGGUGGCGUAGUCAACUUUAUCCAAAUUUACAAGGACAACAACAACAACAGCAGCAACAUCAAAAUAAACAAGCAUGGAUACAAUCAAAUAUUCACCAUAGUAAUACUCUUAAUUCUACUAAUAUUUCUACUCUUACUCCUCCUCCUCCUUCUUCGUCUUCUCCUCAUUCUACAACAGUAAUGGAUGAAGAAAUUAUUUCAAUACUAAAUAGUCCUAAAAAGAAACAACAAAGAGGACAUAAAAAUCAGCCUAGAAUUAUAUCAUCAUUAGCUAGUAAACGACGUUCAGGUGUAGCUGCUGUAAUUUCACGUCGUCCAUAUCAUCAAUCAAGAGUAAAUAAUCUAUAUGAUGUUACUAUUGAUGAAUAUACAAAUGAUUAUAUUGCUAAUAAUAGUAAUAAUACUACUAUCCAUAAUAACAAUAAUAAUAAUAAUAAUCGUACUGUUACAAAUAUAACUAAUCGUAUUGACAUCAAAGGAAGUCAUUUAUUACAGAAACAUGUUUAA